AUGGCUCUUUUUUUUAGAGAUCAUAGUUGUUCGGUGGCUGUUAUCCUUAUCACACUUGUUCAAAUAUUUUAUAUAACAUAUACAUAUACAUUUGUUGACUUUAUACCUACUACUGACGAGUCUGUUAUUUUAAAAGAAAUAAGACCUUUACGUCCUGUUGUUUUAAAACAUCGUCCUAAUGAUGGUUACAUUGUUAACCUUACCCUCAUUAACAAAUAUUGUGAACCAGAAUUAUAUGAUGUUGAUUAUUUUGAUACUUUCAAUAUUCAAGAUUGUUUAAAUUUUCUUGACGAACAAGAAGAUGAUUAUUUAAUAGAGAAUCCAAACUCAAAAAUUACUUGUUCUCCAGACAGCGUACCAAUGUUAUUUCAUGUUUAUUGGAGAGGAAAAAUAAAUGAUAAAAUCGCUUUGAUGAUAAAAUCUUUCUUAUAUACACAACCCUUAGAUUGUUCUCUUUUAAACGUUUGGUUAGACCAAAAUCAAGAAAUUGACUUUACCCAAAAUUCUCAUAUACAACCUUUACUCAAAUUCUCCCCAAAUAACUUUCGUUUGAGAAGGUGGAAUCUUACUGAACAACUUAGUUAUGAUUCAAUAUACGAUGGUUGGGAAGAAAAGAUUAACCCAAAAAUUCCGACCGUUGGUUACAGUGACCUUGUCCGGUUUGUAUUAUUAUAUAGAUAUGGUGGAAUGUAUGUUGAUGCUGAUGUUCUCUUCCUACGUGAUAUGAGACCUGUUUAUCACCUUGAUCAAGAAUUUGCUUAUCGUUGGAGUUUUUGGCUUAAUUACAAUACUGCCAUUCUACGUCUUAAUGCAAAAAGUGAGACCGUACGUACCGUCAUCGAAAGUGCUAUGCAACACAAUAUGAAUUUCCAUCCAUUCCAGAUAAAGUAUUAUCUCGUCAAAAAGCGAAUUGUUGUCAAGCAGGACUUGGACAAAUAUCUUUACAUGAUGCCAACAACUGUAUUUGAUCCAUUAUGGUUAAAAGUUGAUUUAUCAUUAUCAAAACAAGUCACAAAACCUAAUAUAAAUUAUUUCCACGAUACUUAUAAAUCAAAUGUGAAAGAAUUUUUCAGAGGUGCAUUCACUUAUCAUUGGCAUAAUCAAUGGGAUAGUUCGAUCCCUUAUCAUUCUUGGUUCGGAAUACUACAAAAAGCAUACGAUGAAUUUAUAGAUGGUCAAUCUCCAAAUAUGUAUAAUGAAUAUAUAAAUGAAUUUCAUGAAGAUAUAUUUUAG